UCCACAGGCCAGGUCUGGAUGCCCUGCCCUCGACCGCCUUGGCUCCGCCGCUCCCGGGUCCUUCAGGGCUCGGGCCCCAGUUCCCCGGGCUCACUUUCUGCGCCCCGCUCCCCGAGUAGAGGGGAGGACGAGGAUGAGGAGGCCGAGGGCAGCCCGGGAUCAGACCCCAUCUUGGCCCCCGCCUCCCCGGUGGAGUGCCUCAUCUGCGUGUCGCCUUUCGACGGAGUCUUCAAGCUUCCCAAGCGCCUGGACUGCGGCCAUGUCUUCUGCCUCGAGUGCCUGGCCCGCCUGUCACUGGCCACAGCAGGUGGCGGCGACGCGGUGGCUUGCCCGGUAUGUCGCGCCCCCACGCGCCUGGCCCCGCGCCGCGGGCUGCCCGCACUGCCCACGCAGGCUGGCCUGCUGCCCCGCGAAGCGCGCGCGCCGCUGCCACGCCAGGGCUCGGUGCGCUUUGAUCGACGCCGAGGUCUGCUCUACCUGCGCCCGCCGCCCGCACCUGGGCCCCGCAAGGCGCGUACCGCGCAGCCCCCGCCACCCCCGCCGCUGCGUCUCGGCCGCCCGCUGUCGCGCCGCCCAACGCUAGACAGCCCGGCCUGGGCCUUCAACGCGGCGGUGGCACUGGCCGUGCUGGUGGCAGCGGGCCUAGUGGUCUCUGGAGUCUACAUUUUCUUCCUCAUCCCUCACGCCGCCUCCUCUAGCCCUGCGCGGCCCCAACUCGUGGAGCUAGCCCCAGCGCCCGGCUUCUCCUGUUUCCCACUGCGGCCCACGCCAGGGGCGCCCUGGACGCCUGUCCGGGCGCCGCAGCCCUCAGGUGCUAACCCGGACGCUGCCCUGCCCGGGUCUGCGGAAGACGCGCUGGAGCCUGAGGGUGACCCUGGGGAGCUGGAGCGUGGUCCCGGGGACCCGGCAGAGGCUGAGGGGACACUGGACGUGCGGUCAGACCACAAGUGGGGGGCAGAGGAACGCCCUGGCUGA